AUGUCGACUGAACUUGGUCCUGCAAGAGAAAGUAGCCCGACAACCAAUUCUUCUCCCGGCCCUUCCAGUCCACUUGCUAGCACUCAGGCACCAGUCAACAGCAAUUUGCGUGGCACUCUUUCUGGCAGCUCUCCUACAAAAGAUCGUCCUCUCGCUGAUAUCAUCUCGGAGCAAUUCUCACCAUUCGAUCACGCCGCUCAUGUCGUUCGGCCAUUUGAGAGCGAGACAGCAAGAGAUUUAGCUUUUGAGCAAGAUUUGAGCGACAUGCUAUUGGAGGUCAUUCUUGAAACCCAUGCCUGGGCUGCUGCGCGUCCGAAGCACGAGCAUCAGUCGGAAGUCCACAAGCUGGAGAAUCAGAUCUCGGAAGUUAUGGAGAGAGAAAAGGAGCAAGGCAUGUGUUCAUCGGAGUCUUCGUCCUUAUAUUCCUCCCUAUUUCUUGGUAUGCCGCGUUUGCCUAUGCCUUGGAUACUCGUGAACCUCCGAUUUGGACUCGUUGAACUCUCUGGCUUACCGUUCUGUUCGUUGUUUCUUUGA